CAGGACCCCCAUCCUCCCCUGGGACAUCGGGUACAGUGCCCAGUCGUGAGCAGUCAUGACGAUGGAGGUGCUCCCCAAAGUCCUGGAGGUGGAUGAGAGGUCUCCAGAAUCCAAGGACCUGCUGCCCAGCCAGACUGCCAGCUCGCUGUGCAUCAGCUCCAGAAGUGAGUCUGUCUGGACCACCACCCCCAGGAGCAACUGGGAGAUAUACCACAAGCCCAUCAUCAUCAUGUCAGUGGGCACUGCCACCCUGCUCUUCGGGGUGGCCAUCACCUGCUUGGCCUAUGCCAUGAACCUGAAUGAAAAGACCAUCGCAGUCCUCAAGAUGAUAGGGCCUGCCUUCCUGUCGCUGGGACUCAUGACUCUGGUGUGCGGGCUGGUGUGGGUACCCAUCAUCAAAAAGAAGCAAAAGCAGAGGCAGAAGUCGAGUUUCUUCCAGAGCCUAAAAUUCUUCCUCCUGAAUCGCUGAUGGUGGCUGGGCCAGGCAAAGAAGCCCUGCUGACCACCAUCUGACAGUCCCAUUUCCCUUGAAGUGCCACAAAACUAGUCCAGGCAACAACCCCCCUCCCCCAUGUGGUCCUGCAGGAAGGACAGAGGUCAGGGCUCCACCCUCACAUACCUGGAAUGUGGCUGGCUGAGUUAUACCUGGUCUCUCUCAUGCUGCUGAUGGUCCCUGAACCCUCUGGCUCUCAUCCUCAAUUCCUGCCCCCAGCCAUCAUCCAUCCUGUUCUCUCUCUGCCAGAUGCAGUGCUUGAAGAGAAGUUCUUUAGAGGUGGGAUAUGCUUCCAAGAAAAAUCUCACUGGAGUGCCUGAGCUGGAUUCGGCAUGUGCACCCUCUGGAACCAAAACAGACCAAAGGAGGUCCUUCUCAGAGAAGGAGGGAAGACUGACUUCUUACCCCACUGGAUUUGACAGCCUUGGCUCUCUUACUGAGUGAGACAUUGACUUGAGAGUCAAGAUAAGUCACAAGCAUGAAACAUUCCAAAAACUGAACAAUGAAAGGGGCGCAGGGGAAAACACAGUCCAGUGAAGAACAUUCCCACCAUAUGUUAGCUGGCGGAGGAAGUUCAUUCCUGAUUCUCUAGUAUUUAUACCAGAGACAAUGGGUCAGGCUAAGGGGUGUCACUCUCUCCCCACAGCCCUCUCCCUUCCUUCUCACCGACUAACUUCAACUUGGCAAUUGGCCAAGGACAAAUGCAUGUUGAUCCAAUAUCCUGUUUCCCUUGCUCUUGCCUCAGUCCCUGCUACCCUCCUUUCAUCUCAAUCAAGACCUCAGUGCCACAUCUGAAUGACGUGCAGGUUUCUAGACACGGGGUUCACUUUAAAAACCUCAACCUCUCUAUGCUAGCCCCUCUCUAGCAACUUAUGCAUUUUCCGAGUUCCUUGCUCUGGGCCGAGGAUAGGAACAGCUAGCCCUGGCCCCUGCUCUCCCAAAGAAAGAAAGACAGGCAAGCCAACUGGCAAUAAGAAAUUCUAUGUUGAGUUCUUGCGGUGAUUGUAGGAACUCAGUUUGUGCCUCACCCAAACUUGAAGAAAGACAGAAACCCCUGGAGUCCCAGGAAAUCAUCUCAGCUGAGAACAAUGGUAAAGGUUGGCAAAGAAAUUGAAAGAAAUGCAUGGAAGGAGGCAGGGACGGCCUUGCAUAGGCAGAGGCUUGUGGAGAAAAGAGGGCAUCAGAAGUCUCCAUGGCCACGUCCCUACCUAAGCUUCCAGACGUCCCUUACUUUUUAAAAAUUUUAUUUAUUUACUUGAGAGAGAGAGAGAGAAAAUGGGCAUGCAAGGGCCUCCAGCCACUGCACACGAGCUCCAAAUGUGUGUGCCCCCUUGUGCAUCUGGUUUAUGUGGGUCUUGGAGAAUCGAACUGGGAUCCUUUGGCUUUACAGACAAAUGCCUUAAUGGCUAGGCCAUCUCUCAAGCCCCAAUUAUCCCAUUCUAUCCCCUCUCUUGGCUGCUUCCUACCUGCUUCCCCAAGUGCCUUACAUGCAGUUUCUCUGGGGUACAGUGUGGGCCUUCAGUCUUUGGCAACUGGAAGAGUGUCUCCAGAGGGCCCACCAAGCACAGUGAGCCUACAAAACUUUGUGAAGCAAUGAGAUAAGUGUACCUAAA